GAGUCACACGCUGAUCUCCACGCUCUUUCACUUUCUGUACAGCCACCUUGGGCUACUAACCAGGGUCCUUGCACAGCGUUAAAGACCCCACCACCACCAACUUUUUAGUCCUGUCUUUUCCCAUCAAACAGACUAGUGGGCAGUUUUGUCCACUGCAUUCAGCUGACCUGUAGCAGAGCUGAAUCAGCUGAGUCCGGUGCAGUACAGUAUUAUCAUGGUGCCACCUAGAAACUGUGUGAGGAGCACACCCUGUGCCAAUUUCAAAGGCUGGAAACACUAAGUGAGCCCAUGUUUAUAUGACCCAUGUUACUGUGCGGCCCAGAAUUUAAUACUGUAACUAGUAACUGUAAGAGUUACUAGUUAUUAACUGUUAGUAACUGUAAAAGUUAGUAGGCAUGAGAUACAGCUUUGAGUUGACAGUUCGGCCAGUUAUUAAAUACACUUGUAUGUCUUUGUUGAAUGUUCUUUCUUGUUUUUUUCCAGUCAGUCCUACAAUGUCUCAGGACACGUUUGCCUUCACGUCGGCCACACUGCGCUCUCUGCGUCUGGAGCAGGAGCUGCAGGACUGGGAGGAGACGCGCAGGGCACUGGCACACAGGAGGGUGAUAAGUAGACGGCCACUGCCUGCCGCACCGCGCCUCAGACACGGGACGGAAAAGAUCCAGACAGUACGAGCAGAUCCGCCUCAGAUCCGCUGCAGAGAUUCUUCCGUCCACAACACGUUCAUGUAUGGAGACAUAAGGGGGGUGUACGCUGUGCUAAAAGAACCCGGUAUGGUGAAUGCACUGAUGGAGACCGUACAAGAAGAGAUGGUGUGGACUCCAGAAAUGGGCAUGUGGACUUUAUCCUCCAAAGUAAAGCAGACGUCUCCUCUACGCCUGGCUGCCAGCAGAGGGCACAAUGGAUGUGUAGAAGAGCUGUUAUUCCGUGGUGCUGAGGUGGAUGCUGAUCCUGGUGGUCAGACAGCCCUCCAUGAUGCCUGUUCUGGGGGUCACCACACCUGUGUGAAGCUACUGCUAGAGCAUGGAGCUGACCCAGAUGUACUCACUGCCGAUGGUAAUGCCCCGCUUCACCUCUGCAACAGCGCUGAAAGUUACCCCUGUGCAGAGCUGCUGGUAAGCAUGGGCACUAAUGUGAACAUGACCCAGCAAGACUCGGGUCUGUCUCCUCUGCAUGUGGCGUGUCGGAGAGGUCUGGAACAGCAUGUGGAGCUGCUGCUGGCUCACGGCGCUGAUGUGACUGUGCAAAACCGCGAGGGUGAGACGCCCCUGAACGCUGCAUGUGCAGGUGCAGAGAGGCCCGUGGAGACUCCUAAAUACCUGCGCGUGGUGCAAGGACUGCUAAAAGCCGGAGCACAUGCACACACCGCCGGAAAGAAGCGACACACAGCCCUGCACAACGCCUGCUGUAACUGCAGCUAUCGCAUCGCAGAUCUGCUGCUGCAGCACGGAGCACAAGCAGGCGCAGCCAACGCCGCUGGAUACACACCCAUGGACUGCCUGUUGCAGGUGGUGGAAGAUUAUCCAGAUCAGCAUCCAGAACUAAUUGCUUGUGUACUUCUCAACCAUGGAGCAAAGCCCCCAUCUCCUAAAAUGCUUAAGCUGUGUCUCCUCUCACCUGCCACACUAGAAGUGAUGCUUAACUGUUACCCAGUAGUGCCAGCCUGUGAGGAAUGGCUACAGGACGUCCCUGCUGAACUACUAAAGGAACAUAAGACAUUUUUUGACUCGGUUUGGAAGAUGAUAGGUCAGCCUCGGACACUCCAGCACCUCUGUCGGUGUUCCCUGCGGCGCCACCUGGGCGCACAGUGUCAGUCGGCAAUUAAUAAGCUAAACAUCCCAUGUGCACUUAGAGAAUACCUGCUGCUGCGCGUUGAUGGAGAGAUCAACUGAAAUAACUUGAAUAAAUAAUAAAAAAUCUAAA